UAUUCCAUCGUGCCACUUUUUUCAACCUUUGUGGACCCCGAAAAUAUACUCUCCCUCCUUCUCUAUUUAACUUCAAAAACCCACCUUUCUUCCAUCCAUUUCCCCCACUCACUUUUCCUUAACCCUUUAAAAACAGAGUAACAAAAACAAAACAGAGGAUUAAUGGGAAAUCAGAGAUUUAAAUUUAAAUUAUCUGAUAUGAUCCCAAAUGCUUGGUUCUACAAGCUCAAAGAUGACACCACCAAAAAUCAAAAAUCUCAGUCCACAAAGCUCAGGCAAGACCACCUCUCGCCGCCACAACCGCCGACAUCUACCGUAAAAACAACCAGAGACACACAUCAAGCUUCGAACCCUGAACCUCAAUGUCACCCUAGAAAAUCAUACCAUAUCACAAGAGUGCUCAACCCCCCAUCUCAAGAACUAGACUUUCACCCUGUUACUCCUCCAAGAAAGUCAAAAUCAUCCUCAAAAUCAAGAAAAUCAAGCAGAAGAACAAGCUCACUUUCUUCUUCUAGCUGUAAAUCAACUACUACUUUCCAAUCUUACCCUUCUAAAUCAAAUUCACCGUCUUCUCCUCCCUUGUUUGAAGAUUCUCUGCUCAAAACAGAGCAUAAAACAGAGGAUUACGAUAUCGUAAUCGACGUCGAAAAGGACUAUGUAUUCACCUUUGAUUUCAAACUCCCACCAAUUAUCACCAAAAAAGAAUCAAAACCCAUCAAUUUCUCAACACAGGAGAAGAUUAUCGCUACACCUUCUUCAAGGAGACUCCAAUUAGACAAAGGAGUAAGAUUGAAGAUCAAUUCUCCAAGAAUCAUGGGAAUAAAACAGGGGCAAAAUGGGAAUUCAGGUAGGAAGAGCACCAGUUCAAAGAAGAGAAGGAGCAUUUCAGAGAGUUUUGCAGUGGUAAAAUCGUCAUUUGAUCCACAAAGAGAUUUCAAGGAAUCGAUGGUGGAAAUGAUAGUGCAAAACAAUUUAAGAGGUUCGAAAGAUUUGGAAGAUUUGCUAGCUUGUUAUCUUUCACUUAAUCUAGAUGAAUAUCAUGAUGUUAUUAUUGAAGUUUUUAAGCAAAUUUGGUUUGAAUUAAGGCACCAAAAAUAAUUUUUUGUAUAAAACAAAAAAAGUUAGAACAUUAUCUUUCUUUUUUAAUUAAUUAAUUAGAUUAGUAUUAGUUGGAGCAAAUAAUUAUUGUAUGUACAGUUAUUAAGUAGCUUUUUAAUACAAAAGGUCUAAUUAUUUAA